UUAAUUAAUCAAAUUUAUAUAGUAACCAAAAUUAACAUAGUUGUGUGUUCCAUACUGUGAUCGAUGGAGGAGAAGAAGCAACACACAUGCUUGAAACUGCACAUUAAUGGAAAAGAAGAAGCAAUAUUCGUGAAGGGCACUUGGUUCGAUACACACUUCAACCUCUCCAUCACCGAUGGUUCCACUGCUUGGUACUGCCACGCAUCGGAGGAGGAGUUGAAGCAGCGUGCCGCUCAGUGGGACCAGCCAGUUUCGGAGUAUGUGAAGCUGUCUGAGCGGUAUUUAGGGUUUCAGCAACCUGGUUCUGUAUACGCAUUUGCUGAUGCUGGUGAUGGUCAUAAAAGGUUGUCAUGGACGUUUGAGAAGGGAGGAAUGACGCUGUAUUGGCGGUGGAAAUGCAUGCAAUCUCCGGAUUCUAAAAAAGCUACUGCAGAGAUAUUGAACUUUCUCAUGGAUGCAAACAUCAGGCUUAGUGAAGAAGUUGUCAUAAAAACGGAAUUGUUUGAGAAGACGAAAGUAGAAGCUGAAAAGUGCUUGGCCCAGAGUGAGAGAAUAGCCAAUGAGAGGGUGGAAUUUGAAUCUGAAAUAUAUACAAAGUUUUUGGGGGUCUUAAAUUCAAAGAAAGCAAAACUGAGAGAGCUUCGAGACCAGCUGUCAAAACAAGAUAACACUGACAAACAUCCUCAAGAGGAAGACGAUGCAGAAAAAACCGAGAGUUUUGAUGAAGAAAGUGAUUAUGACAAAAGUGAUGAAGACGAAGGUCCUCAAACGUGUAUUACUAGCUCUUCAAAGGAUGUGGUAGCAAAUAAGCCUUCACGUCGAAGGGGAAGCAAACUCUUGUGACAAAUUAUCUGCACUAACUAGGCACUAACUAGGCAAGAAUUUAUUUUCAUGGAUUUUACAUAUGUACAAAAAUCACUUAAUUUCCAUGAUAAUUAUAAUGAUAUGAUUUAUGUGAA